AUGCCCAAGGGAAUCGGCGAGCUCCUUACGCUUCCUGCAGGUGCUGGACUUGGUCUCAAGGAUGGCGCGCUCGACAAGUCUGCAUUCCGCAAGGUUAUCCCCGUGCUCGCAGCAAAAACGGCUCCGGAGACCGCAGGAACGUUGCUCAAAGCUCCCGCGCUCAGAGGAACCCUCAUCAAUGUCCCGAAGGUGAAGAGCGUCGUGCAGAACCCCAUCGGAGAGCGUUUAGUUCUGCUCAGAUACUCGGACCGAGCUGAUCUACCCCCAGUCGCCCUUGACUUCCUGCAGGAGCGAGCAGUCGACCUUGUCACCCAUGAAUUGACCUUUGGCUAUGAUUACUGGAGUACUGGUGCUUGUGCAGACGAUGUGGUCCAAGCAAUUCUUCCUCAAGAGCUGCUGGAGGGUGCCCCUUCUGGGUUUGCUGCUGUGGGGCAUAUAGCCCAUCUCAACAUGCGGCCGGAGUACUUGCCUUACAAGUAUCUGAUCGGCCAGAUCAUCAUCGACAAAAACCCAAAAAUCCGCACGGUUGUGAACAAACUGGAUAGCAUCAGCGCCGAGUUUCGCGUGUUUGACAUGGAGUUGCUGGCAGGAGACCCAGAGUUCAUGGUGACUCAGAUGGAGAACGAGUGCCGCUUCACCUUUGAUUUCCGAGAAGUGUACUGGAACACGCGCCUGCACACGGAGCACGAGCGACUCAUUGACCAAUUCGACCGCAACGACUUGGUAGCUGACGUCUUCGCGGGAGUCGGACCGUUCGCUGUGCCUGCUGCGAAGAAAGGAUGCGCGGUGCUGGCCAAUGACCUCAACCCGGCUAGCUUCAAAUAUCUCACGCAAAACAUCACCGAUAACAAGGUCGACGCACGGAUCAGGGCUUUCUGCGAGGACGGACGGGAGUUGCGCGCAGAGAACCUCCCGCUGCCCUCCGCUGGACCCGUACGGUCGCACAUCGACCACUUUGUCAUGAACCUGCCGGACACGGCGAUCUUGUUCCUGGACGCAUUCCGCGGGGUGCUGAGCGCAGAAAACCGUGGGGACCGGAACUUGAGCGGCGUUUAUACGGAAGAGCGCAUGCCCAUCGUCCACUGCCACUGUUUCACACGUGAGCGGGAGCGUGCGGCAGCAGUCGUGGACAUCCGCCAGCGCGCGGAAGAGAAGCUUGGGGCAAGUAUAGGAGAAGACGCGACGUUCCACUGCGUGCGAACGGUGGCCCCGCAAAAGGACAUGUACUGCGUCAGCUUCAAGCUUCCGCACGCGGUUGCCUUUGCGGAGUAG